UUGUUUGGGAAGCAACACACAUGCUAAGAUCCAUCUUUCUUGCCGUGUAACUCGAGGAGUGAAGAGGAACCACAUACACGUCAAAGAACUGGGAAAAUUACCUGCAAUUUUCUGGCAUCAAUUAGCCAUAACUUCCCGAGUCUCUGAUCUGAAAAACUCGUGUUCAUUCCUUCUAAAUUCCACAAUCAAACACCUCUUUUUCUCUGUCUCCACUGAGCUUCUGUAAAUUGUAGAACAAUCUCAAAUUGAUCACAGAAGAUGCACAGGCUCCUGAUUAAAUGUGACCAGUCAUCGUUGUGAAAGAAUAUGGGCAAAGAGGAGAAACAGGGACUCUUAUAUUUUGAUCUCAAUACCAGUGCUAAGAUACCAUCCGUUGGCUUGGGGACAUGGAAAGCUGAGCCUGGUGUCGUAGGUGAAGCCGUCAAAGCUGCUAUCAAGGCCGGUUACAGACAUAUUGACUGUGCCAAAGUUUACAAUAAUGAAAAAGAGGUAGGGGAAGCUUUGAAGGAAUUGUUUUCCUCUGGAGAAGUGAAACGCAGUGAGCUAUUCAUCACGUCUAAGCUAUGGUGCAGUGAUCAUGCUCCUGAAGAUGUCUUAAAGGCACUGAACAAGAGUUUAGAAGACCUGCAACUUGAUUAUGUUGAUCUGUAUCUUAUGCAUUGGCCAUUUCGGACAAAGCAAGGAAGUCAGGGUUGGGACCCAGAAAACAUGGUUCCCCUGUGCCUUCAAGAGACAUGGACUGCAAUGGAAGGCUUAUAUGCAUCAGGCCAGGCACACGCGAUUGGGGUCAGCAACUUCUCAACUCAGAAGCUGCAAGACCUCCUAAAAUUUGCAAAAGUGCCACCUGCAGUUAAUCAGGUUGAAUGCCACCCUGUCUGGCAGCAACCUGCACUUCAUCAUUUAUGUAAAUCAACUGGAGUUCAUCUCUCGGCAUACUCUCCUCUGGGGUCUCCAGGUUCUUGGGUUAAGGGAGAAAUCUUAAAGGAACCAAUACUGAUUGAAAUUGCUGAGAAGCUCAGCAAAUCACCAGCACAAGUUGCUCUUCGCUGGGGUAUCCAGAGUGGUCACAGUGUCCUUCCAAAGAGUGUAAAUGCAUCUAGGAUCCUGGAAAAUUUAAGCUUGUUUGAUUGGUGUAUCCCUCCAGAGCUCUUCUCGAAAUUAUCAGAAAUCCACCAGCAAAGGCUCCUUCGAGGGGAUUUUGCAGUCCAUGCAACUCGCAGCCCUUACAAAAGCCUUGAAGAACUGUGGGAUGGUGAAAUAUAAGAAAUUUGAAUCAGGCAAUUAGUCUCUCUUGAUCUCGUUUAUUUUGAAAAGGAACUUCCAACCCAUGAGAUACAGCCUACCUUGUCAAAUCAGAGAAAGGUAUUUACAAUGCAUGGAGCCCUGGCCAUUUUAGGAUAAAAAAAUGGAGGAGAAUCAUUUGUCAUAUGCAACCUUGCCCCUCCAUUUUACAAAAAGAUUGUUUUCAAGACUCCAACCAUGACUUUUCAGUGACAAAGAAACUUGUCUUCAACAUUGCUAUCUAUUUAUAGGAUGUUUUAAAUUUAAUUAGCAAAUUACUUUUUCAUA